CUUCCCCCAGUUCCCGCUGAGCCGAGGGCAAGAAGACGCCAAGGACCCUCUCAGCCUCUGGAAUCUUCUCCCCAGGGACCCCUAAGUGGGCACAGCUGCUUCCGUUGUCGCUCCGGCAGCCAUGACUCUGCCUCACAGCCCUGGCAGCGUGGGGGAGCCCCGGGCCCCCCAGGCCGUGGAGGUCCACAGGCUGGAGCACCGGCAGGAGGAGGAGCACAAGGAGGAGCGGCAGCACAGCCUGCACAUGGGCUCCUCCGUGCGGAGACGCACCUUCCGCAGCAGCGAGGAGGAGCAACAGUUCAGCGCCGCAGACUACGCCCUGGCUGCAGCCCUGGUCCUCACCGCCUCCUCGGAGACGUCUUGGGAGGCCCAGCUGAGGCACCAGUCCUCCACCGUGGAACUGGAGGAGCGCGGGCAGAAGCGGGUGGGCUUCGGCAAUGACUGGGAGAGGACGGAGAUCGGCUUCCUGCAGACCCACCGGCUGCUGCGCCAGAGAUGCGACCGGAAGGCGCUGAGGCAGCAGACGGAGGAGAAGGUGCGGGAGGCCAAGGAGCUGAAGGAAUUGUGUUCCGGCCGGGGGCCCUGGUUCUGGAUCCCGCUCCGCUCCCACGCCGUCUGGGAGCAUACCACAGUCCUGCUGACCUGCACCGUCCAGGCCCGGCCUCCUCCCCAGGUCACCUGGUACAAAAACGACAUCCGACUCCAGCCCCACCUCUGUCCUGCCGGAAAGUACCGAGUCACCAACAACUACGGGCUGCUGACCCUGGAGAUCAGGAGGUGCACCGCUGAGGACUCGGCCACCUACACCGUGAUGGUGAAGAAUGCCCACGGCCAGGCCUCCUCCUUUGCCAAGGUCCUGGUCCGCACUUACCUGGGGAAGGAUGCUGGCUUCGAUUCAGAGAUCUUUAAAAGGUCAAUAUUUGGGCCCAGCGUGGAAUUCACGUCGGUGCUGAAGCCCGUCUUUGCCCGAGAGAAGGAGCCCUUCUCCCUGUCCUGCUUACUCUCCGAUGAUGUGCUAGAAGCUGAGAACAUCCAGUGGUUCCGGGACGGAAGGCCGUUGAGGUCCUCCCAGCGCCGGCAGGUCCUCUACGCCGACCGCCAGGCAGCCGUGAAGGUGUUCUGUGCCUACAAGGAAGACGAGGGGCUCUACACGGUCCAGGUGCCCUCCCCCUUGGGGCCGCGGGAGCAGAGCACCUACGUGUUCGUGAGAGACGCUGCGGCAGAGAUGCCAGGGGCCCCAGGCUCCCCGCUGGAUGUCCGAUGCCUGGAUGUGAACCGCGACUGCCUCCUCCUGACCUGGACCCCACCCAGCGACACCCGCGGCAGCCCCAUUACCGCCUACUCCAUCGAGCGGUGCGAGGGUGACUCCGAGGACUGGGUGCCUUGCCACGUGGCCCCUGGGGGGACCUGCCGGUGCCCCAUCCAAGGCCUGGUCGAGGGCCAGAGCUACCGGUUCCGGGUCAGAGCCAUCAGCAGGGCAGGUAGCAGCCUCCCGUCCAAGGCCUCGGCAGCGGUUGUCACGGGCGACCGUGACGCAGCCCAGAGGAGGACAGAGAUCCCCUUUGGCCUGGGAAGAAAGAUCGCUGUGAGCACAGACGAUUUUGAAGACGCUGUGACCAUCCCUUCCCCACCAACCAACGUCCACGCCAGUGAGAUCCGAGAGACCUACGUGAUUCUGGGCUGGGAAGAGCCACGCCCCCGGGGCAGAGCCCCACUGACGUACUCCCUGGAGAAGUCGGUCAUAGGCAGUGGCACCUGGGAGGCUAUCCCCUCCGACACCCCCGUGAAGUCCCCGAGAUUCGCCCUCCUGGACCUGGAGAAGGGGAAGUCUUACGUCUUCAGGGUGCGAGCCAUCAACCAGCACGGCAUGAGCGAUGCCUCGGAGCCCAGCGAGCCCAUAGCCCUGAGGGCCCGCCCAGCUACUCUUCCCCCUCCAGCUCAAGUCCAAGCUCUCCGAGACACGCAGACCUCUGUCUCCCUGACCUGGGAGCCGGUGACAAGCCCGGAGCUCCUGGGCUAUUACAUCUACUCCCGGGAGGCGGGAGCAGCUGAGUGGCAAACAGUGAACAACAAACCCAUCCAGGGUGACAGGUUCACGGUUCCCGGGCUGAGGACAGGGAAGGAGUACGAGUUCUGCAUCAGGUCGGUCAGCGAGGCCGGGGUCGGCGACAGCUCCACCACGACCGGACCCAUCAGGGUCAAGCAGGCUCUGGCCACCCCAUCGGCCCCCUACGACUUUGCCCUCCUGAGCUGUGGGAAGAAUGAAAUGGUCAUCGGGUGGAAACCGCCCAAGCGUCGUGGAGGUGGCCAGAUCCUGGGCUACUUCCUGGACCAGCACGAUGCGGAGGAGCUGGACUGGCACGCGGUCAACCAGCAGCCCAUCCCAGCCCGGGUCUGCAAGGUCAGUAACCUUCACGAAGGCCACUUCUACGAGUUCCGUGCCCGUGCGGUCAACUGGGCAGGUGUUGGUGAGCUGUCGGUGCCCAGCGGCCUGUUUGAGUGCAAAGAGUGGACGAUGCCCCAGCCAGGCCCCCCCUACGAUGUGCGGGCAUCCGAGGUGCGGGCCACUGACCUGAUGCUGCAGUGGGAGCCUCCACUGUACACGGGCGCCGGGCCAAUCACAGGCUACUGCAUCAGUGUCCAGGAGGAAGGCUCUGAGCAGUGGAAGCCGGUCACCCCUGGCCCCGUCUCUGGCACCCACUUGCGGGUGUCUGACUUGCAGCCAGGAAGGAGUUACGUGUUCCAGGUGCAGGCCGUGAAUGUGGCUGGUCUCGGACAGCCAUCCAUGCCCACCGACCCCGUGCUCCUGGAGGACAAGCCAGCUGCCCGGGAGAUCGAGGUGGGAGUGGAUGAAGACGGCUUUAUCUACUUGGCUUUCGAAGCCCCUGAUGCCCCCGACUCCUCGGAAUUUCAGUGGGCCAAGGACUACCAGGGCCCACCAGACCCUCGGAGGGUCCAGGUUGUGGAUGAAGCUAACAAAUCCAAGCUCAUCCUCAAAGAGCCCGGCCUGGAGGACCUGGGCACCUACUCGGUGGUGGUCACCGAUGCUGACGAGGACAUCUCGGCGAGCCAUACACUGACCGAGGAGGAGCUGGACAAGCUGAAGAAGUUGAGUCAUGAGAUCAGAAACCCAGUGAUCAAACUCAUCUCUGGCUGGAACGUCGACAUCCUUGAGCAAGGAGAGGUGCGGCUUUGGCUGGAAGUAGAAAAGUUAUCUCCGGCCGCCGAGCUGCAUCUGAUCUUCAACGAGAAGGAGAUCUUCAGCUCGCCGAAUCGCAAAAUCACUUUUGACCGAGAGAAGGGCCUGGUGGAGGUGAUCAUCCAGACCUUGUCUGAGGAGGACAAAGGAUCGUACACCGCCCAGCUCCAAGACGGAAAAGCCAAAAACCAGAUCACCUUGGCACUGGUGGACGAAGAUUUUGACAAGCUGCUGAGGAAGGCAGACGCUAAGAGAAGAGACUGGAAGAGGAAGCAGGGUCCAUACUUCAAGGAGCCUUUGCAGUGGAAGGUCACGGAGGACUGCCAAGUGCUGCUGAUGUGCCAGGUGACCAACACCAAGAAGGAGACGCGCUUCCAGUGGUUCUUCCAGAGACGAGAGAUACCCGAUUUCCAGUACGACCCUCAGACCGGAGCGGGGCUUCUCUGCUUUGAAGAGUUUUCCAAAGGGGACACUGGGACUUACAGAGCGGUGGUUGCGGAUGACCGAGGGGAGGACAGCAGCAUACUGGACCUCACGGAUGAAGCCCUGGAUGCCAUCUUCACGGAGCUGGGCAGGAUCGGUGCCCUCUCUGCAACCCCUCUGAAAGUCCAGGGGACAGAGGAGGGGAUCCGGAUCUUCAGCAAGGUCAAGUAUUACAACGUGGAGUACAUGAAGACCACCUGGUUCCACAAAGACAGACGCCUGGAGAGCGGCGACCGGGUGAGGGCCGGCACCACGCUGGAUGAGAUCUGGCUCCACAUCCUGGACCCCAAGGACUCAGACAAGGGCAAGUACACCCUGGAAAUAGCAGCCGGGAAGGAAGUCCGGCAGCUCUCAACGGAUCUCUCGGGGCAAGAUCGUGCCAAAGUGGUGAGGGGCCUGCCGGACGUGGCCACGAUCAUGGAGGAUAAGACGCUGUGCCUGACCUGCGUCAUCUCAGGAGACCCCACCCCUGAAAUCUCCUGGCUGAAGAAUGACCAGCCUGUCACCUUCCUUGACCGCUACCGCAUGGAGGUGCGGGGGGCGGAGGUCACCAUCACCAUCGAGAGAGUGAGCAGUGAGGACAGCGGGCGCUACGGCGUCUUCGUCAAGAACAAGUACGGCUCCGAGACGGGCCAGGUCACCAUCAGCGUGUUCAAGCACGGGGACGAGCCCAAGGAGCUGAAGAAGAUGUGACGGCGUGUCCGGUCUGCACGGACAGCGGGGUCAGCCAGUGGGUCAGAGCCUGGCACAGGCCGUGGGUGGGCAGGGGGAAGGGGUGGGUGGAAACCAGGACAUGAGGGUGGGGUGGGUGCACACAAAGGUCAUGGUGGGGUCCCGAGAAGCCUCCAGGAGGCAGGACAAGACGUGGACUGGAAACAGACCUCGGGGCGAGACCCGAUUCAGCUCUUCGCUCUCUGGGAGCCUGGCCUUCUCAUCCAGCACGCGGUGCCCCACUCCAGGGCCCGGUCACAGCCCCCGUCCAGUGGCCCUCAGCGGAGGUGCCUGUCCUUCGGGUUGUGGCCAUGGAGCUGGGUGGUGGGUAGAGUCAGUCUGAGCACCGCAGGUCCCCAGAGGCCCAGGGCUGAGGGUGGUGAGCCCUGCCGUUCCUGGCACACCACGACACCCUCUCUCGGGUCCUAGUGUCAGUUCACGCAAGGUUCACACACAUGCACUUGAAGGCCAGCACGUGUCCGGCUGAGGCUGGCGUGGGAAUACAAAGACAGACGUGCAGGCCUGCCAAGGGACGUCUCAGUCCCGCAGGGGGGACGAACCUGCUAGAAAUGACUCCAGGACCAGGCAGGAUGCUGACAAUUCUGAAACAGGUCCUCACAAGGAGCUGUAUGUGGUCAGAGGAAGGAAGCAGCUGGCCGCCCAGCUGAGGGAGGGAGGGCUCUAAAACGCCCAACUGGAGGGCCAGCAGGUGGCGGAGUGGCUAAGGUGCUGGACUUCCACACGGC